AUGGCGUCACCAAGACCAGUCAUCAGUGUCCUCGGGUCACUGAACAUCGACCUCGUAUCAUAUGUCCCUCAUCAUCCCCUCCCUGGUGAGACAAUAACUUCAAGCCGGUUCAAUGUCUUCCCGGGUGGAAAGGGCGCAAACCAAGCUGUUGCUUGUGCGAAACUUUCGAGGACUUCUGAUCUGAAGAACCCAACCGUUGAUGUUACCAUGAUUGGCGCCGUUGGAGCUGAUGCUUAUGGUUCCGUACUGCUUGACAGUCUCAAGUCAUAUGAUGUUGGAACCAACUCUAUCAUUGUAAACAAGGACGGAGGCGCCGAGUCGCAGAGCGGUAUUGCAAUGAUUAUUGUGGAUGAGCCAACUGGCCAGAACCGCAUCAUCUUAUCACCAGGUGCCAACAAUUCUCUUCAACCAAGCCACUUCGCCGAGAUUCCUGGUCCAGCACCGUCAUUGCUUAUCAUGCAGCUUGAGAUCCCUCUGGAGACAGUCAUUCAGGCAUUCAAAGCCGCCAAGACGACAGGAACUCCCGUUCUGCUCAACCCCGCUCCCGCUCAAGUACUCCCAGCAGAGAUCUACCAAGGUCUAGCUCACUUGAUCCUCAACGAGACUGAAGCGGCUUUAUUGUCAAAUAAGGACGAGUCCGAGUUUGAAGACAUCUCGGUUGUUGAGAAGGCCGCUGCUGAUUUCCUCGCUCGAGGCGUGCGGAACGUGGUGAUUACUCUGGGUGGAAAAGGUGCAUACUACACCAACGACACAGGCGUCAAUGGCCUCAUCCCCGCUCUGAAGGUCGAAGUUGUGGAUACGACUGCGGCUGGUGACACGUUCAUCGGUGCUUAUGCAGUUGAGCUUGCGGGCGCUGAGCAACGGUCCGAGAAGUUCGACAUUGAGAAGGCUGUCAGGUCAGGAAUCUGGGCGUCAUCCAAGACAGUCGUGCGAAGGGGAGCGCAGGUGUCUAUACCAUGGAAGGAUGAAUUGGAGUCAGCGAAGUAA